UCCGUCCUGGGGGAUACCUGCAGUUCCUCUUCAGUACAGUACAGCAGCACAGCAGCGCAGCACGGGUGACGAUUGCCAUGGCGAUGACGGCACGACGGAGCAGACGCAUGCGGUGACCAACAUUCAGAUGCUGGAGAUGCGAGCCACCAAGCUGGGGGAGCAGGUCCAGAGCCUGACUGAGAAGUACAAAAAAGCCUUGGCUGAUUCUGAAAUGGUUCGGAGGAAAACUCAGAAGUUCGUUGAGGAUGCCAAGACCUUUGGAAUCCAGAGUUUCUGCCGGGACCUGGUGGAGGUGGCAGACCUGCUGGAUCUGGUGGUGCGGGAGCUGCGGGGCGAGGCGGAGGAGGAGGGCGAGGGGGCGGAGGAGGGGGCGCAGAAAACACGCCAGGGCCUGCAGCGGGUGCAGGAGCGGCUGGAGACCGUCUUCGCCAAGCACGGGCUGGAGAAGAUGAUGCCCGUCGGGGGCAAGUACGACCCAUACCAGCACCAGGUCGUGUGCCAUGUGGCGGCCGAGGGCAUGGAACCCGGCGCCGUGGCGCUGGUCGAGCAGGAGGGCUACAAGCUCCACGGACGCACCAUCCGCCACGCCCGGGUGGGCAUCGCCAUGGCGACGCAGGAGCAGUGAGGAAGUCCCCCUCCCCCGCCCUGCCCCAUCUGGGGUUAUUUAUGUUCAGAUGCUUCUCAAUGGGAUGAUUUAUAUUCGCAUGUACAUAUUUAACAUAUUUUGUACAAUUGAAUGUAGAAAUGUUUAUAUUUAUAUUUAUUUUUGGAAUGGAUGCAGCGAUGUUAAAUAACUGCAGCGGUAGUUAGCGAGGUCAGGGCUCUCCUGCACACAGCUCCCAUUUUAGGAGCAUUUCCUCCUGAACAAUAAUGUGUGCUAACUGGUGGGGGGGGGAAUGAUUUAGGAGCACAUCUGCUAAUUGGGAUAUGUUGGUGUGCUCCUAAAUUUGUCAACGUGAGGGGCCAGUGUGCUCCUUGGGAAAAAAAUGUUGAUAGAGCCCUGACUGUUUUACUACAGACCAGCUACGUGCAA